CCAUUUGAUUGGGCACCCGCCUUGCUAAAGACGGAAGGUAGACGAAAAUAUCUGAAAAUUACGAAACCCAGAUUCCAAAAUUCUCGACCAAAGCAAUACCUCGCUUCUUCUCCAAAUCACAGACCCUAACAAAUUCUCAUUUUUAUUUCAGGACAUUUAAUUUAUACUUCACGCUCAUAUAGAUACAGUGAACUUCUUGCGUGAGCACUGUUGGACAUCAAGGAUUGGUCUCAAAGGAUUUGGAUAUUUACACGUUAUUGCUGAAGUUCAGAAUUGAUGGAUGUGGAUGGUGGGAGUACCUCAUCGGAUUCCGCAAGAGUUCGGUCAAUUCCAAUACAUUCUGGGCAAUCUAAAGAUUUUGUUUAUCAGUUCAAACAGCAAAGUCUUCCAGCUUGUAAACCUGUCUUAACACCAACAUGGGUUAUUGCUACAUUUUUGUUGCUGGGUUUUGUUUUUAUUCCCAUUGGGCUUGUCACUCUUCGUACUUCUCGUGGUGUUGUUGAAAUCGUGGACCGAUAUGAUGCAGAUUGUGUACCUGAGUCAUUUAAAGGAAACAAGGUGUCGUACAUCAAGGAUACAUCAGUUCCCAAAAAUUGCACUCGCUUCUUGAAGGUGCCGAAGUAUAUGAAAGCUCCAAUCUACAUAUACUAUCAGCUUGAUAAUUAUUAUCAAAAUCACCGGAGGUAUGUCAAAAGUAGAAGUGAUCAGCAGCUCUUACAUGGACUAAAAUACAACGACACAAGCUCCUGUAAACCUGAAGAGUCCAACAAUGGUCUUCCUAUUGUCCCUUGUGGGCUGAUUGCAUGGAGUUUGUUCAAUGACACAUACACAUUUACUCGUGGGACAGGAAAAUUGAGGGUCAACAGGAAGAACAUUGCAUGGGAAAGUGACCGAAAUCACAAAUUUGGGAAGCAUGUAUAUCCAUUCAAUUUCCAGAAUGGGAGCUUGAUUGGUGGUGGAAAGCUAGAUCCUAAUACCCCCCUAGCUGAACAAGAGGAUCUUAUUGUAUGGAUGCGUACUUCUGCCCUUCCUAGCUUCCGAAAGAUGUAUGGUAGAAUUGAAGAAGAUUUGGAAGCAGACAAUGUCAUAGUUGUUGAGGUGAUGAAUAAUUACAAUACAUACAGUUUUGGAGGGAAAAAGAAGCUUGUUAUUUCCACAUCAAGCUGGUUAGGAGGAAGGAAUGACUUCCUCGGUGUUGCCUACAUCUUUGUUGGUUCUUCUGCCAUAAUACUCUCACUUGUUUUCUUAUUGCUUCAUUUGAAAAACCCAAGGCCGUUUGGAGACACAACUUACUUAUCCUGGAAUAGAAAAGGAAUUUCUAGUUGAGAAGAUGACAUUCAAAUUCAAGUUAUUUAAUGAUGGUUGCUAUCUCAUAGAUUCGUGUAAAUUUUGAAAUUGUGGAGUGAUAUCAAAAUACCUCAGGCCAAAGGUGUACUCGUGUUCUUAUUUGAUUCAAAAGAAUUAAAAUCUCCUGUUGAUUACUCUGUAAUCUGUAUACAUACAUACUCUUCAUAGGAAGCUGAUCUCAUAUGAUCAUCCCCAUUACACCACAUGAAUGUUGUAUUGUUAUUUUUGUUUUAUGAAUAUAUUAAAUGGGAAUGAAUAGCUUACUCCAC